AUGGUAAAGACAGCAGGUCAAAUAGAAACUAAUAAAGGAAACCUUGAAGACAACUCGGAUAGAGAUGAGAGAAAUAUGAAGAUAGAGUCAAUUCCUUCAGAAUCAGAAGCUUUAAAUCCAAAUAUUUCUCAGCAAAGAGUUCAGUUGACAUGGGAUGAUGUCAAUUAUAGGGUAACUAUCAACCAUAAAGAACAAGAAAUACUCAAAGGAGUCUCAGGUUUUGCAAAUCCCGGCGAAUUUCUAGCUAUUAUGGGUUCGUCAGGCGCAGGAAAAACAACACUUCUUAAUCUGCUCGCAGGCAGGAUUAAUCCUAACUCUCGCAGCUCUGGAACAAUUAUGGUUAAUGGUACAGACAUUCAAUCGUUCAAUUACAAGAAAAUCACUGCAUAUAUCACCCAAAUGGACAUUUUACUGCCAACUAUGACGGUAAGAGAGUCGAUCAUGUUUUCUGCCAAAAUGAGGAUCCCAGGGACUGAUCAGGAAAUCAAGGAAAAAGUUGACACAAUAAUGGCAGCUUUGAGGCUUGAAAAAGUAGCUGAAAAUAUUGUAGGGAGUGUCAUGGUUAAAGGGAUUUCAGGAGGAGAACGCAAAAGAACUUGCAUUGCGAUUGAAAUUAUUUCGAAUCCGUCUAUCAUCAUUUUAGAUGAGCCGACAUCUGGACUUGACAGUUUUACAGCAGAAGUGCUGAUUGACUUGCUAAAAGAGCAAGCACGUAAUGGAAAAACUGUUAUUUCCACAAUACAUCAGCCAAGUACUAAGGUUUUCAAUAAAUUUGACAAAUUAAUUUUAUUAACUGAAGGGUAUACCAUUUAUCAAGGCCCAGCUACAAAAUCAAGAAGAUACUUCGCCAAAUUAGGGUACAAAUGUCCUAGGCAAGUAAACCCUGCUGACUAUUUUAUGAGAAUGCUGCAUGUAGUCAAUAGAUAUGAUAAGACUGAAGAAGAACAAAAUUUAUUAGAUAAACUAAAUGAAGCUUACAAAAAAAAUGAGCCAAAGAAUGACUCUGACUUAUUUUAUCUUACACCAAUAGAAAGCCACUCAGUAUAUAGCCUUAAUUUUCGCUCAAAAAUCGCUUUACUAUGAAAGCGAUCAUUUGUUAACGCAGCCAGAAACCCUAUGCUUAGUAGAGUGAGGAUUAUUCAAUAUGUUAUAAAUGCAACUCUUGUGGACCUUCUAUUCCAUGGCUUAUCAGAAACCCAGAGAGGCCUUCUCAAUACUAAUGGAGUUCUAUUUUUUUCAAUAAAUAUAUCAAUUGUAUUAACCAAUAACUCCUCAGCACUGACUUUCCCAAUAGAAAGACCUAUAUUUUUAAAAGAAAUAGGCCAAGGGCUCUAUGGCUCAGCUAUCUAUUAUGUAGCAAAAAACCUUUCAGAACUGCCUAUGCAGAUCAUUGCUCCUCUAAUCUAUGCACUAAUGACUUAUUUUGCAUUAGGACUUAAAUUAACAGCGGGCAAGUUUUUUACGUAUUUUGCAAUUUUAAUGCUCACGCAAAUGUCAGGGGUUGGACUUGGAUAUUUGGUAGGCGCGUCUACUGAAAAUGUGCUAUUGGCUCAUGCAUUUGCCUGGCUAGGUUUCCCUCCCAGUCCAGCAACGACGAUCCUAGGGUCGUCCCGAUAGGACACGGGGCAAAAAGGGUUUUUUUCUCUAGAGACUGCUAGUGCCAAUUUGGAGGGCAUGGCAGGAGCCAACAAGAGCUAAGGAGUUAAUCCUUAGCUCUAACCCUAGUCUGGCGACGUAAAGCACGUGACCCAGUCCGCCUACUUCCGGGAUAGCAUGACCAAGCCCCAUGACCGGAAGGAGCUGAGUGGUAGCCUGUAGCACUUAGGUGCACACUGGAAGCAGGGCAAGGAAAGCAAGCGAGGCGUCCAAAAGGUGGAAGAAAAAGGACCUUCGGUCCUGGCCGAGAGCUACUCAAUAAAUUUAACUAAGACUAAGACUAAGGCUCAUGCAUUUGCAGCACUUAUUCCUAGUGGGCUGAUGAUUUUUGGAGGAAUGUAUGGGAAUCUAGAAAGCAUGAAUAACGCGUUUAGCUGAAUCCAAUAUAUUUCACCGUUCAGUUGGGCAUUUAAAUCUUUGACGAUAAACCAAUAUAGAGACAACAGCUUUGAUUGUAGCCCAUCUUGUGAUCCUUUAGACAGACUUGGAUUUCAUGAUCCGCUAUGGCAAGAUAUUAUAUGUCUGUGUGCUUUAAUGCUAGGAUAUAGAAUUCUUGCUUAUGUCUUAUUGAGAAUUGGGCUAAAGAAAAGGUCAUAG